AGAGCAGGGGUGACCUUCAUGCUUCAGGCUUCUACAAGAAAACACAGGGUUGAAACUCAACGAAGAUUCAACGAGAGAGAAAUAUUUGAGACCAAAGAAAGGUUUUUGAGAGAGACAAAAGAGACUCCAGUGUUAAACAGUAUGCCUACUCUCACGAAGCUCUACACAAUGCACGAAGCCUCCCAACAUAAGACCAAGGAGGAUUGCUGGAUCGUUAUUGAUGGCAAGGUGUAUGAUGUGAGUUCAUAUUUGGAUGAGCACCCAGGUGGAGAUGAUGUCGUCCUUGCUACAAUUGGGAAAGAUGCAGCAGAUGAUUUUGAAGACGCAGGCCACAGCGAAAGUGCAAGGGAACUAUUACAAAGCUUCUGCAUAGGUGAGCUUGACACAUCUGCUCCAGUUAUCCCAGAACUUGAAAUUUCCUCCAAGAAACAGCCAGAAGUUUACUAUCAGAAGCUCAAGGACUUAACAAAGCAAUAUUGGGAAGUUCCUGUAGCCAUUGUUGGCAUCUCUGUGGUAGUUGGCUUCUUGUACUUGCGAAGGAAGUAGAGCAAAUCUGAAGUUUCCAUCUGCUCUGCUGAGAAGAAAACUAUUAUUACAAUUUUGAACAACUAGAGACAAUGAUGCAGAUAGAUGCUCUAUCAUUACAUGUAAUUUUUCUUUUUCUUCUGUAUGAUUCUUGCAGAAGGCCUGCAUCUCAUUUAUAAGAAUUGGAAAAUAAAUUGAUUGUAAAAUACAUUAUGAUUUUGUUUACAUCAUAUCAGGAGUUGGGAUUAAUACCUAUUGAAAUUCAUGGUUUAUUUA